AUGGAGCAUUUGUAUAAGAUUUACACGGUCGUCGCCAGACGUAACCCCGCCAGCACCACCCAAGGCCGCCUUGAUGCAUCACCACCACUGCAACACAACACCAGCGAUAGCACGGCAGCAGAGCUCCAGGAACUCCCUCGCCAGCCCGAGACAACUCAUCUUGCACAGAACGGCUUCCUCGGAGAUGCGAGCGCCGAUGAUACUACCAUUAAGCCGCGCAAGCUCGCCAAGCUCGGCGCCCUCACCAAGACUGUCGGCGUCGGCGGUGGCAGCCUAUCCCGCACUGCUCCGAAGCAGACCAAGAGACAGCUCCUCGACCUCUUACUGGCCCUUCCGCCCGAGCUGCAGCUCAAGAUUCUCUCGUACCUCGACUUUGGUGACCUGGAGCGCCUGCGUCGGAGCAGCCGCUUCUUCCUCGCCCACUUGAGCCCCAAGCUCGUUCGCUCCCUGCUCAGACCCCAUUUCCGCUUCCACAUUCGCUACACAUGCCGCAUCUGCCUCGAGCAAUACUGGGAGGGCGGCGAGGCGCUCGUCAGCACCGAUGAACAUGACCCGCGCUUCCCUCUAUCCAGCCGCUGCAUCGACUGCGUCUGGAGGCAAAAGGGCUUUUUAGUCGGGAUAAAGUAUUUCAUGGCAAACAAUGCUGCCGUCUACGUCUGUCGCUGGUGUGGGACACCUGUUACUAGACAGCCUGCCUGGAACCAGCCCGAAUUUCACAAGAGGUGCUUCAAGCGUUACACAAAGGUAGUCUUUUUUUAUUAUGUGAUUGGUGUGGGCCAAUGGGUGGUGGUUUUCAUCGCCUCGGGCUUGUGCUGGCAUUACUUUCGAUCGCGCGCCAUGUGGGUGGUUGGUGUAGUCGUGGCCGGAUUCAUUGUGACGCUCUGGAAUUUUUGCCUCAAUUCCCUCCGCGGCACCAUUAUGAGAACAUACCACUUUGCGCUGCUCCUCGAAACCCUCAUCUUUGCCUCGUGGCUUGCACCGCUCCUCGAGCUCUCUCGCAUCAACCGUCGCCGCAUACCGCACCGCGUCAUGGACUCGUACGAGAAGGCCAUGGUUGUCUUUAUCAUGUUCAACCUCGUGUGCCGUGGCAUCAACAUGCUUGGCAACGCCAUCCUCUUGUGCGAGUACAAGCUGUGGCGCCACAAGAAGCCGCACAUGUCACCUGCCCGCAGCGCAUGGAUCCACACCAUGGAGGUGUUUAUGUUUUUUGUUGAGCCCCAGUGUGUUGAACAGGAAUAUCCAGCAACAUGGUGGUUCAGCAGACGCCGUCGUGUGCCGCGCGCACAGGACGCCUUUGAGCCAAUUGUGGGCAUUCAAAACUUUGACGAGGGCCCAGUGCCUUAUAAUCUGGAAGCUGGAGAGCAACAUUCACAGACAUUUGAUCAAUAG